AUGUCUCUUGUCGGUGCAACUCCAGCCCAGCUCGCGCUUGCCGAGGCAAUUGCCGAACGCGCUAUAAGCAGUAAUCGAUCGCUCAGGAUCCUCCCCUUCUACCUGGAUGAGUCCACUUUCUUCUACAUCUCCUUACCCGUGAUAUACUGGUCGAUUUCGAAGCUAACACUAAUCGUAACCCAGUGCUUCGCCUACCUCCGCUUCGUCAAGACCGACAAGAAGCAUAUCGUCGUUCUGGUGGUGCUUUCUGUUCUCAGCGCGCUAGCGGCAUCCAUCGAUGUGAUGCUGUGGCUCACCGACAUUUUUGUCUUCAGAUACGGACAAUUUCUGAGCUUCGGUGACGACUGGGAAAUGUACAUGAUCAUUGAUGCCAUCUGCACCUUCCUCGUCCAGGCCUUCUACGUCGACCGAGCAUACAGACUCCACCGCCACUGGUGGCCCUUGGCCGUGCUCUGUCCGCUUGUCCUUGGCGCAGCGGUAUCCUGGGGUGUCUUCAUCCAGAUCAUGGCGGCGCCUUUGUCGGAAUCUAUCGAUCCUUCUCUGUUCACGACUGGGGCCACACAGGCGUGGGCGUUCGCAACUAACUCCCUCAUCCUCGCUGCCGACUUCUCUAUCACCGUAAUCAUGACUUACGGUCUACACAAGAAUAAGACUGGCUGGCGCCAUACCGAUUCUCAUCUCAAAGGACUCAUUCUUCGCUUCUUCGAAGCCCAAGUGCCAGCCCUCUUGCUUGCUAUCCUCACUCUUAUCUUCUGGACCACCAAGCUCGAGAUCGCUACCUUCCUCCUCAUGUGCCAUACGAAGAUCUACGUCACAGGCGUGCUGGUUACCCUCAAUUUCCGCGCGACACCCGGCUCUGGCACCAGUAUGCAGUCGUACCGCUCCGAUGAGAACAGUGGCAGCCACGCGUUGAGCGAUAUCUCGGGCAAGAACGGUACGGUGGUAAUCCAGCGGGACACGGAGACGACGUCCCACCAGUCCCCUCCGCACUACUCGAAACGGUCUAAAGUUAUGGAUGCCGAACAAGGCAGUACCCACUCCGACCAGCUCAACCAGAGCCAGAGCGACUUCCACCACCCGUUCGCCCAGAACGAUCCGGCCGGCUGGGAGUCUACCGCGGCACUAUUUUCGCUACCGAGCGGGGGCGAUAUCGCAACGAUCGGGCACAGGGGCUAG